GGGACUGUUCCAGACGGGCAAGUGGACUCCAGCACCCAGGAUGCCCGAGCAGAGUAACGACUAUCGAGUGGUGGUGUUCGGCGCUGGUGGGGUGGGGAAGAGUUCGCUCGUUCUCCGGUUCGUCAAAGGCACCUUUAGAGACACCUACAUCCCCACGGUGGAGGACACCUACAGACAGGUGAUCAGCUGCGACAAGAGCGUCUGCACGCUGCAGAUCACUGACACGACAGGAAGUCACCAGUUUCCCGCCAUGCAGCGCUUGUCCAUCUCCAAAGGCCACGCCUUCAUCCUGGUCUACUCCAUCACCAGCCGCCAAUCACUGGAGGAGCUCAAACCCAUCUACCAGCAGAUUCUGGCCAUCAAAAGCAGCGUGGAAUCCAUUCCCAUCAUGCUCGUGGGCAACAAGAGCGAUGAGACGGCCCAGCGGGAGGUGGAGACGAAGGUGGGGGAAACGCAGGCCGCCGCCUGGAAGUGCGCCUUCAUGGAGACGUCGGCCAAAACGAACAGCAACGUGAAGGAGCUGUUCCAGGAGCUGCUGGCGCUGGAGAAGAAGAGGGACAUGAGCCUGAGCAUCGACGGGAAACGCUCGGGGAAACAGAAACGGGCCGACAAGCUGAAGGGGAAGUGYGUGGUCAUGUAGAGGCGGGGCUAACGGCUGAACUUCGAAGCCUUAAAGAACAAAACGCUCAGAGUGGCUGAAACAUUCAAACUCUGAACAUUUGAUUGUGUUUGUGGAUCUGUCAUACAUACAAAGGGAACCCUGACUCGUAACAUUAAUGGAUAAAUAUUUGUUUCAUUAUAAAACAAAGAUGGUAAAAGUGUUGUAGGCUGUUUAGCUUUUAUAAAUUUUAAAUAUUG